AUGACAAUGCACACGAACCUCUAUGCAGCACAAUUUCUUGCGGAACAUCCAGGGUUCGGACAGUAUUCUCGGUUUAGAAAAUGGCGUGAAACAAAUACAGCAGAAAUGAAAGCUUUUGUAGCAUUACAAAGAGCCAUGGGAAUAAACAAUAAACCAGAACUUGAAGACUACUGGGGCAAAUACUGGCUGACAAGAAACCUGUUCUGUGAUGUAAUGUCCAGAAAUAGAUUUGAACAGUUGUGUGGGUUCAAGCACUUCAAUGACAAUACAACUCGCCUACAAAGGGGACAGGAUGGUUACGAUCCGUUGCACAAAGUAAGGCCAGUCCUGGAAAUUGUGGAUCCUAUAUAUCCAUCAGUUUACAAUCCUGGCAAGGAGCUGGCCCUGGAUGAAUCAAUGAUCAAAUACAAGGACCGAAUUUUCUUUAGACAAUACAUGCCCACUAAGCCGACAAAAUUGGGUAUAAAGACAUUUGCUCUUUGCGAGAGUGACACCGGCUAUGGGUUACAAUUUGUUGUCUAUACAGGAAGAGCAACAUUCCCUGUCGACCAAUCUUCACCUCUCUCAAUGACUGAGCAAGUUGCCGUAGACAUAACCAAGGAUUACGUGAACAAAGGACAUGUGUUGUUCAUGGACAAUUUUAUACGUCACCACAACUGUUCAUGGCAUUGA